UAUGUGUUGUGCUACUUGUGCUCUCGCACCUCGCGGCUGCUCGCGGCCUUACGCUCCUUGAACAAAAAGAAGUGUCUAAUUUUAAUGCAUAAGAAGGACAGUUGUCUAUAUAAAUAAAAAUCGUAAACUUAAUUUUUUUCCAAAAGCUAUAUAUUACAUAUACGUUAUGCACAAGUUUCGGAAAUUAUCUCAGUUGAAGAAACGAAGAGAACGAACGUUGAAAGUACGUUUUUCCCACAUAAUAAAGGAUAAAAGAGAUAUUGAACACUUAUUUGUGGGUGAUUUUCACGUGAAAUUACCACGACAGUCUAGUAGAUCGUGCCACGUCGUUUUUCCUACUGUGGAGGAGAAAAUUAACAACUAUAAACUUGCAAAGGAUAAAACAAUCGAUGGCAAGCGAAUUGUUAUUCAAUCGUUGAAUAAUCUUGCAUUUAAAAAAGAAAUCAAGAAGAAAAAGAAGAUUUUUAUACCCGAAAUCAAACCAGAUGUUGAAAUAACGCAAACGGUAUUUAUCUCAAAUAUAGUAAACGGUAUAAAAUCACAUGAAAUAAGAAGUACUCUUCCUGGAUGUACUCGUGUUACUUUAUUGAAACCUUACAAUAAAGAUUUUAGGAGCGCAAUAGCUAAAAUGGAAAAUAUUCAGAUAGCAGCGAAAUAUCUAAAGGAGAAACAGGAAUGGCCAAUUUUAAAAGGUCAUAGAGUAUGUAUAAAACCAGAUACAAGAGCAAAACAUAAAAAAAGGUCCUGUGCUCUAAAAAUUCAUAAUGAGAAUACAAUAGUAAAAUGUAAAUCUAAUGAGAGUUUAAAUUGUACAGAGACUGACAAUGAUGCAAUUAAGAAUGUAUAAUUAAAAUGAUUUUUAAUCACCAUAGAAA